GCCCUAACCCCAAGUCUCAUUUCAGACAGACACACUCUCUCUUCGCUCGCUCUCUCUCUCUGGGGCCCCAAAACCCUACCGACGAUCUACUACACUGAACAACGGCGAUCGACUACAUUGAACGGCGAUCGGCUAUCGGCUACACUGAACGACGAUCUACCAAACGGCGAUCAGCUAUCGGCUAUUGGCUACACUUUUUUCGUCGUCGUCCUCUGGUCUACACUAAACAGCCGACCGACGAUCUACUACACUGAACAGAGAAUGAUCUACACUGAACGAACUGAGGUAUGUUUUUAUUUAUACAGGGGAGAGAGAGAGAGAGAAGAGUGGAGAGGGUGUGGUGUGAUGGGGGAUUCAAAGCCUAGAAGAAGUGUGAGAUGUCCAUACUGUGCAGGUCCUCUCGCAAAGGAGAUGGAAGCAAGUGACUGGACUCUUCCUCCCCUCAUUAGGGAUAGCUUUUCUAUGAUUGGUUCUGCCGUUGGUUGUACAACAAGUGCAUUCUAUGGAUUCAACCAUGGCUCCACCUGUGAUAGUCUUCUCUUCAGCUUGUGCAGGGUUGACAGGUGGUGCUGUUCCAGCACUUGCCUAACUUGCAUCUUCAUCUUAUCAUUCAUCAUUCUCGUCUCCGUCAUUGCCAUCUCCAACCUCACAGGAUGAUUAGAUUCACAAGUC